AAGUCAUCACCACAGUGACCACUUGUUGGAACGUAUUUUCCCGUUUAAAAGGGGGCAACGCCCACUUCCAUCAGGAUUCGAGCAUGGAAGAAAUGUAUGCAAAUUUCCUCGCAAACCAGUUACAAGAGGAACUUCACAAAAAAAUUCCCUACACCCAUGGAAAAUCAAUAUCGAUUUGCCACAUUGGUUAUAAUUAGAGAGAUACCGACAGUCCGGGCAAGCCGGUUUUUAUUCCUCGUUUCCUUACGAGCUUGUGGAAGCAAAAUCAUGAUAGGAUAGCUGGCAGGAAGAAUACCAGGACCAAUAGCGUUAUAAAGUGAUCAAAGCUGUCUCACGGGAUCAUGAGUUCCCAGAGCCAUAUUUUGUGUCUUCUCGCGAUCAUCGUCGCCUUCGUUGUGCCUCCAUCCCAACUGGUCAGCAUCAAUGAUGUCGAUGGAAGUGGUGAUCGUCUGGAAGAAGCUUUGGCUUUCUUGGAUGAGUAUAAUUCGACAGCGGAGAUGGUGUUCUUCGAGUCCAACUCGGCAAACUGGGAUUUCGUGACCAACCUUACCGAUUUUAAUCAAGAGAAAAGUGUUCAAACCAGUCUGAAAGAGUCAGUUUUUCACAAGAACUCUGCGAUGAGGGCUCGCGAGUUCGACGAUGUCAAGGAUAGUUUUCCCGAGGACGUUCAGCGUCUACUUGGUUUUAUAGCCGACAUCGGCGUAUCUGCACUCGACAACGACACCGUACAGGAGUACAAUGAGAUCAUGGCCGAGAUGAAAAAGAUAUACAGCUCAACUCCAAUAUGUCGACCUGAUGAUCCAUCAGAGUGUCUCAAACUUGAACCGGAUCUCACGGAAAUUUUGGCGACCUCAACGGACUGGGGUGAACUAGUGUGGGUUUGGCAGGAAUUCCGUAAUACGAUAGGGAAAGCCAACAAACCUUAUUACGUAAGAUACGUGGAUAUAGCGAAUGACGGAGCAAGGGCGAAUGGGUAUGAUGACCUCGGCGAUUACUGGAGGUCUGAUUAUGGCGACGACCUCGAGACACAGGUUUAUGAACUCUACAAUGCUAUUCUACCACUUUAUAAACAGCUGCAUGCUUAUGUGAGACGAAAGCUGAAUGGAAUCUACGGAUCUGAGCACGUCCCCCUCACUGGCCACCUCCCGGCGAAUGUACUAGGGGACAUGUGGGGACGUUUCUGGAACAUCUAUCCACACGUGGUACCGUACCCCGAUCUUCCUAAUAUCGACGUGUCUGAUGAAAUGGUUAGACAGAAUUAUACGGUGGACAGGCUGUUCCGUAUGGCAGAUGAUUUCUUCAGCUCCAUGGGUCUAUUUCCGGCCAACGAUGCAUUCUGGGAGAAUUCAAUGUUCGAGAGACCCGAUGAUGGGAGGAAAGUGCUCUGCCACCCACAAGCAUGGGACUUCCUCAACAGAGAAGACUUUAGGAUUAAGAUGUGUACGGAAGUGAACAUGGACUACUUUAUGACAGUUCACCACGAGUUUGGUCAUAUCCAGUAUGCUAUGAAUUACAAACACCAACCGGUAUCCUUCCGCGGGGGAGCUAACGGCGCGUUCCACGAAGCCAUUGGAGAAGUGAUGGCACAAUCGGUAGCCACGCCCAAACAUUUGAAAGUGGUUGGAUUGUUUGACGGGGAUGACGAUUCUAUGAACGUAACAAACACAGAUAUAAACUUCUUAUUGAAGAUGGCGUUACCAACGAUUGGAACCCUUCCAUUCAGCUUAGCUUUGGAGCAAUGGAGGUGGGAUGUAUUCAGCGGGAAAACAGACGUCAAUGCGGGAACAGCAAGAUGGUGGCAACUUAAGAACGAUCUGAUCGGGGUCAAAGCCCCUGUUGAAAGAACUGAAGAAGAUUUCGAGGCCGGUGCCAUGCUUCAUAUCAUUGUAUCAUAUCCAUUUAUUGGAUACUAUAUCCGGACUAUAAUUCAGUUCCAGUUUUAUCAGUCUCUUUGCCAGUCAGCGGGUCAUACGGGACCACUCCAUAAAUGCGACUUCUAUCAAUCCACUGAAGCUGGCGACAAAUUGGCUGCAAUGUUAUCACUGGGCAAAAGCCGCCCGUGGCCUGAAGCAAUGGAGGCCCUCACCGGUCAGAGACAGAUGAAAGCAGACGCCAUCUUGGAAUACUUUCAGCCCCUCAUGGAAUGGCUGGAGAAAACUAACGAAGAGAAUGGAGAUGUGAUUGGAUGGUCAGACGCAUCAGGUUCCGCUUCGCUGGACGUUUGUAGCAUGUUGAUGGUCUGCUUCUUCGCCUUCAUUUCAAAAAGUAUAUAA